UCUAACAGCGCAACAACAUGGAGGAGAAACCAACAUGGCGUCCGUGAGCAGAGCUAACUCUCCGCUGUCUUUCUGACUUAUUUUCUUCUUAAAUUAAUCAUUGACACAGAAACGCGCUCCGUUUAACUGAAGAGUAAAGUUGUCAUGGCCGUGUCCAGGCUGGCGGUGGUGUGUGGGGGCUCCAGGGGCAUCGGGGGGGCCGUGUCCCGUCUCCUGGCUCAGAAAGGCUGCAGAGUCGCUGUGGUGUCCAGGAAUGAAGACACUGCCCGGGACACUGUGGCGUCUCUUCACGGAGACGAUCAUGUGGCUUUCAGCUGUGACGUGUCCAGAGAAGACGAGGUGCAGAAAACCUUCACAUGCAUCCAGAAAACCUGUGGAAACAUCUCCUACCUGGUGAACGCAGCUGGUAUCAACAGAGACGCUCUGCUGUUCAGAACCAAACGUGAGGACAUGUUGGAGCUGCUUCACACCAACGUGCUGGGCACCAUGCUGACCUGCAGGGCGGCGCUGCGCACCAUGCUGCACACUGAGGGAGCAGCCAUCGUUAACAUAGGUUCAGUCGUGGGUCUGAAGGGGAAUGUGGGUCAGAGUGUGUACAGUGCCAGUAAGUCGGCUCUUGAGGGGUUCACGCGGUCUUUGGCUAAAGAAGUGUCGUCACGUGGCGUCAGUGUUAAUCUGGUGGCUCCAGGUUUUAUCCACACCGCCAUGACGGCGUCACUGAGGGAGGAGGACGGCGUUGGCUCGGUUCCUCUGCGGAGGUUCGGUGAACCGGAGGACGUCGCCUCUGCUGUGCUUUUCCUCCUGGAGUCGUCCUACGUCACGGGACAGGUGCUGGUCGUGGAUGGAGGCCUGCAGCUUGCCAUGUGAGGGGGCAUGGCCUAACCUGCCUGUGGCAGAAGAUUUGUGGGGAUGGGACGCCGGUGACGCGACACUCCAUUCUCACAGGAUGUCCCUCAGCCACGCGCUGAAUGCAGCUUCUCCUAGCGUGGCAUUUCUUUGGCUGUGGAGAGAAGGGGCGGCGUUUUAGUUUGGACUUGUUGGUUUGACACUUGUCUUGAGUGUCUUGCGUGACUCCUGUGACUCGUGUGAAACUGCUUUACUUCCUCCCGCUCACCUGCUACGAUGAGCUCCAGGUUGAAGGAGUUCUGCCCGGCUCGGUUGCUGGCGAUGCAGGUGUAGAUUCCCGCGUCGCGGCUGCUCACUGGCUCGAUGACCAGCGAGUGGACGCCGUUCUCCCUCACCAGCAUCUUGUGGGCGGAGUCGGGGCGGAUGGUCUGUCCGUUCAGCUGCCAGAUGAGGUCAGG